AUGGCAACCGGCUCGGGGAGAUAUCUUCGUUAUAUACUAUUUGCUGUUUUUGGAAUUGCCAUCCUCUACUUUAUUUCCACCUCGUCACUACCCUCCUAUGCUCAACCACUGACGUCGGGCACCGCCUUCUCGUGGGAGAAACCUGAAGAAUCCAAGCCGAGUCCGAUCUUGAAUGAUGUCGCCGAUACCAUUCAUCUCCCGCAAACGACUUCUGUUGCGGAGACCUCGCAGUCCGUGGAAACAACGACUCCCCAUGUUAUCCCUACUAUUCCCUCGGAACUCUCGCCUCCGGCUCCAGGCGAGCGAGUCAAUGCGACCUUUGUGACGCUGGCAAGGAACACCGACAUCUGGGAAAUUGCCCGCUCGAUCAGACAAGUCGAAGACCGAUUCAACAGGAAUUACAACUAUGAUUGGGUUUUCUUGAACGACAAACCCUUUGAUGAGACAUUCAAAAAGGUCACGACAUCCCUCGUCUCGGGCAAGACACACUACGGCGAAAUUCCCGUCGAACACUGGUCGUUCCCGCCGUGGAUUGACCAGAAGAAGGCUGAGGCUGUCCGGGAAGACAUGCGCCGCAGGAAGAUCAUCUAUGGUGACUCGGUCAGCUAUCGACACAUGUGCCGGUUUGAGUCCGGCUUCUUCUUCCGCCAUCCACUGCUCCAUCAAUUCGAGUACUACUGGCGAGUUGAGCCCAGCGUUGAGUUGUUCUGCGAUAUCCAUUAUGAUCCUUUCCGGUUCAUGAAGGAGAACAAGAAAAAGUACAGCUUCGUCCUGAGUCUGUACGAAUAUGUCGAGACCAUUCCGACGCUAUGGGAUAGCACAAAGAAGUUCAUCAAGGCGCAUCCUGAACACAUCUCUCCUGAUAACUCAAUGGGAUUUUUGAGUGACGACGGAGGGGACACCUACAACAAAUGCCACUUUUGGUCGAACUUUGAGAUUGGCAACCUCGACUGGCUUCGAUCUAAAGCGUACAUCGACUUCUUUGAAACUCUCGACCGAGACGGCGGUUUCUUCUACGAACGUUGGGGCGAUGCUCCCGUGCAUUCGAUCGCCGCUGGUCUGCUUCUGAGGAAGGACGAGAUCCACUUUUUCAACGACAUCGCCUACUAUCACGUCCCCUUCACACACUGUCCAACUGGAGAUGACGUCCGCCUGAAACUCCGCUGCCACUGUAACCCGGCUGACAACUUCGACUGGAAGGGAUACAGCUGCACGUCUCGAUUUUUCGACCUCAACAAACUUAAGAAGCCCGAUGGGUGGGAAGCCCAGGUAUGA